AUGGCACCCAGAACCCAGACCAGGGCCCCCGCAGCUCCCGCCGCGCAGCCCAAGACUGCCGACGGCCGUCGCAAGUUUACCCCUCGCGCGCCCGCGACCGUCGCCGAGCGCCUGCCCAAGCUGUACCGCGCCCUUACGGACCAGGUCAACGACGGAUACUUUGACAAUGCCAAGAAGACUUGCAAGCGCAUCCUCACCCUCGACGCGGCCUCGACGUCUGCCUUCCAGACCCUCCUCUUCCUCUACCUCCACACGGACGACUACACCUCGGCCCUCGAGCUGGUCAACAACCCGCCGGCCCCGUCGCCGCCCGCCCUCGAGUUUGAGCGCGCCUACUGCCUGUACCGCCUCAAGCGCGAGCGCGAGGCCCUUGCCGAACUCGAGAAGAUCGCCUCGCGCGACAGGCAGGAGAAGCACCUCGAGGCCCAGGUCCGCUACCGCCUCGGCGAGUACGACGCCGCCCAGGCCGUGUACAACGAGCUGCUCGCUUCCGCUCCUCCCUCGUCGUCCGAGGCCGAGGACAUCCGCACCAACAUGGCCGCGACGGCCGCGCACAUCUCGUUCAUCACGCGCAACUAUACCGCGCACCUGACUGCCCCCGUGGUCGACAACGGGCCCCUCAGCGCCGGCAUCAAGGCGUACACGCCGCAGCAGGGCGAGGUGGAGAGCUACAUCCCCACCGUCCCCACCGGAUGGGCGCGCGCCCUCGCCGCCGCCGACAAUGGCGGCAAGGUGUCCACUGCCGCCGCGGCGUCGAGUUCCAAGAAGCCCGCAGCUUUUGCCGGCGCCGCCGCCGCCGCCGAGAAGAAGCGCGACAAGCCGCGCCACGCCCUGCCCAAGGGCGCGGUGCUCGGCAAGCCGUUCACCCAGGACCCCGACCGCUGGCUCCCCCUCCGCCAGCGCGCGAGCUACCUCGCCCCCACGGCUGGCAAGGGCGGCAAGAAGAAGGAGCUCACGGGUCUCGGCACGCAGGGCUCCACGAGCGGUGGUGGUGGCGGCGGCGGCGCAGGCGGUGGUGGUAACAAGAAGAAGGGGAAGAAAAAGUAG